UCUCUCUCUCUCUCUCUCUCUCAAUGUGUUUAUUUCUGUGAGAGACUCCGCCUCCUCGGUAUUAACAUCGGCCGGCGGCCGGCGGCAGCGGGGGCGCAUGCGCGGGGAGAGUGACCCGGAUUCGAAUCAUGGCGGAGGAAGGAGAACAGCCGCAAACCACCAACACAGUUGAGGAGCCUCUCGACCUGAUCAGGCUUAGUCUGGACGAGCGAAUCUACGUGAAAAUGAGAAACGACAGAGAGCUUCGAGGAAGACUACACGCCUAUGAUCAGCAUUUAAACAUGAUUUUGGGAGAUGUUGAAGAAACUGUUACGACUGUAGAAAUUGAUGAGGAAACAUAUGAGGAGAUAUACAAAUCCACCAAGAGAAACAUCCCAAUGCUGUUUGUCCGUGGUGAUGGUGUUGUUCUUGUGGCUCCUCCGCUAAGAGUCGUUUAAACCCAGCCAAACUGAACAUUAUGGACUGAACUUCAACCCGUGAUUAUAUUUUUCAGUUGAUGGAGAGAAUGGUCUGAUAUUAUUUUUAUAAAACGUACCUCGACACUAGGAUGCGAAGGGAUCGUGUCUGUAGUUUAAUUUUAAGUGGAGUGUUCAGCUUGGACUCUUGUGAGAAGUAAAUUAAGUAUUUUUGUUCGAUUUAAUAAAGAUUGACCUUCAAAUUCUACAA